GUUCUCUCACCAGACCACCUUUGCCCAUUACUUUAUAGACUGCGCAGUCUGUAAAGCGUGUUAAACUCAAUUAAUAAUUGCUAUGAUUUCAGACCACCUCUGCCCCAAUUACCUUGAUAGUUGAUCCUCUGUUUGAAUGAUCAAAGGAUCCAAGAAUCUUGCAACUGUGCGACAGUAAAUUGUAGUGUUCUUCCCCUCAGAGAGACAGAGAGAGAAGAAGAAGAACACGUAUGGCUUGGGAACCUAUUAUCUGGAUAAUCUUUUCAGUACUUAACCUUGCACUCUUAGGAUUAAACUUUUACCAGUUCCUAGGCUUCUCGGAUUUGGAGGCUGACUAUUUGAAUCCCUAUGAAUUAUCAUCGCGCAUCAACUCUGUGAUUGUUCUUGAGUAUUUAUUGCAUGGGGUAUUCUGCAUUAUGUUUCUCGUGACAGGGCAUUGGGUCAUGUUCCUAGUUUCACUGCCUCCAGCAUACUAUAAUCUGAAGCAGUAUCUAUCAAAGCAGCAUCUUGUUGAUGUCACCGAGGUUUUUAGAGUACUUAAUGCUGAGAAGAAAGUUCGGUUGGUCAAGCUUGGCUUUUACGUGGUGUUCUUUGGUCUAGUCAUUACCAGGCUCGCUUUAUCUGUCGUAUUUGUUGUGUUCGGUGACGACGACGAAGCCAUACACUGGUUUGGUUGACACGCUGAAUUUCAUAACCCGUCAGGUUGAUUCUUCACACGUUCAUAGCACUGUAGCAGUCUGAGAUGAAGUUUCUGAUCAGCUAAUAUGAACAGUGUGUCAAACUCGGUCAACACGGUUAGGCCUUUCGUCGUCUCUAGCUAACUCAGCCAUCGAACGUUCCAUCUCCCCAAAACCGGCUAAUUUUGGUGCCUCCGGAGUUACAUCUUAAGGCAAGAAUUGGUUUCUUGAAUCUUUAAUGUCUUCAGAUGGCUUAUACUUGUAGAUCUUGACACAGAUUUUUUGCACUUUGAUCAUUCUAACCUGCUGUUUUCUCCAAACAACUUGUAAAUUUGAUUGUGAUUUAUGUUGGAAAAUUGAAGUGUUUGAUUGUGAAAGAAGCUUUUCAGAAGGACGAAA